UCCGGGGUGUUUGAACAGGAAGGCGGACAUGUUGGUCAGGCUGUGGGAGAAAAUCGGGCAUCGUCUGCUGUUUUUUUCCGAAAACUAACACAUAUCUAAAGCCGAUUUGUAUGCCUUCGACCUGAGAGAUGUAUCUAUGUGGACGGGAAACAGUCGACAGUCAUUGACAGUGCACGGGAUGCCGCGGAAGCACUGCCGUUAAACGUUGUAACGACUCCGUGUUUAAACUGAUCAAAAUUUGGAAGAAGCAGAAGUUUUUUUCCCACCACUUCUACUUUUGAGCUGUCAGAAUCUAUUGUCGUUUUCUGCAAGGGCCUGGCAAAAUAUGGGAACGAGUCUGGACUAACAUAUCCGUAAACUGUGCUUUUCAAAAAGACAUUACAUCUAACUUUUAAUUGCCUUUUGUUUGGAUGCACCAACAUUUUAAGCCCUUAUCCUCAGUGGCAUCCUGCGGAGGCUGACUAAUCUGUCGCCGACUUUAUCUUUUGCCACUGAAGUUGUUUGCAAGGAAAACAUCUUUCGACUCUGAAAAUGUGGCUUUUGUACAUUCAACGCAAUCUUAAACGUUUCAUCGUCUGUGAAAGCUGCAGGAGAACGAUGUCUUUUCUUUGAAGUGCCGUGUAAAGUUCACCCGAAGAAAGGAACAUUUGGCUAGCUAGCUACCGCUGGCUGCUGCUAAAGCUAGCUAGCCAGCCUUCUGCCUCGCCAGUGAGCUGUUUUUGUUCACAAACCAACAUCGGGGCUGAGUUUAACAGCAAACAUGUCUGCUGGGGAAAGCAUGGCGGCUCGAUUUGAAAAAAUCGAUGCCAUGUUGAAGGACCCAAAGUCAGAAGUAAACACGGAUUGUCUUCUGGAUGGCUUGGACGCACUGGUGUAUGACCUUGACUUUCCUGCCCUGAGGAAAAACAAGAGCAUUGACAACUUUUUGAGUAGAUAUAAGGAAACCAUUAGUAAAAUCCGUGAUCUACGCAUGAAAGCGGUGGACUAUGAGGUGGUUAAAGUUAUUGGGAGGGGAGCAUUUGGAGAGGUGCAACUGGUGAGACACAAAGCCACGCGCAAAGUAUACGCCAUGAAGCUGUUGAGCAAGUUUGAAAUGAUCAAGAGGUCGGACUCUGCUUUCUUCUGGGAGGAAAGGGACAUCAUGGCUUUUGCCAACAGCUCAUGGGUGGUGCAGCUAUUUUUUGCAUUCCAAGAUGACCGCUACCUCUACAUGGUGAUGGAAUACAUGCCGGGUGGCGACUUGGUUAACUUGAUGAGCAACUAUGACGUCCCGGAGAAGUGGGCCCGCUUCUACACCGCUGAAGUGGUGCAGGCUCUGGACGGAAUCCACUCCAUGGGCUUCAUCCACAGGGACGUAAAGCCUGAUAACAUGUUGUUAGACAAAGCAGGCCACCUAAAACUGGCCGACUUCGGGACCUGCAUGAAAAUGAACAAGGAUGGUAUGGUACGAUGCGACACAGCAGUGGGAACUCCAGACUACAUUUCGCCGGAGGUACUGAAAUCUCAAGGGGGAGAUGGCUGUUAUGGCAGAGAGUGUGACUGGUGGUCAGUGGGGGUGUUCCUGUACGAAAUGCUUGUCGGCGACACUCCUUUCUAUGCAGACUCCCUGGUGGGGACCUACAGCAAAAUUAUGAACCACAAGAAUGCCCUGACCUUCCCCGACGACAGCGACAUCUCUAAUGACGCCAAGAAUCUCAUCUGUGCUUUCCUGACUGACAGGGAAAUUCGACUUGGCCGUAAUGGUGUCGAUGAAAUCAAGAGGCAUCCUUUCUUCAAGAACGACCAGUGGACAUGGGAGAAUAUCAGAGACACGGCUGCCCCAGUAGUGCCUGAGCUGAGCAGCGACGUUGACACCAGUAACUUUGAUGAUAUAGAGGAGGACCGGGGGGAGGAGGAGACCUUCCCCACACCAAAGGCCUUCGCGGGCAACCAGCUGCCCUUCGUAGGCUUCACUUACUACAGCAGUCAGCACCUUAUGAGAACCUCUCCUGCCAACGCAAAGACCGUUGACAAACGUAACAGCCUCACAAAAGAAGACAAGAGUCAUCUGGAGGGCCUGCAGAAGAGGAUCUUCCAGCUGGAGGAGCAGCUCCACAGUGAGAUGCAGCUGAAGGAUGAGUUGGAGCAGAAAUGCAGGACAUCGAGCACCAAGAUCGAGAAGAUAAUAAAAGAACUGGAUGAAGAGGCGAACCAGAGGAAGAGUGCCGAGGCCGGCGUGUCUCUGCUGGAGAAGGACAAGAUCAUGCUGCAGCACAGAUUCACAGAGUACCAAAGAAAAGCUGACCAGGAUGCAGAGAAGAGGCGCAAUCUGGAGAAUGAGGUGUCAUCUUUGAAGGAGCAGCUUGAAGAUAUGAGGAAGAUCAGCCAGAACUCUCAGGCCUCAAAUGACAAGAUCACACAGCUGCAGAAUCAUAUGGAAGAGGCCAAUGACCUCCUGCGUGCAGAGUCAGACACGGCAGCGAGACUGAGGAAGAGCCACACGGAGAUGGCCAAGUCCAUGAGCCAGCUGGAGGGCUUGAACCGGGAGCUGCAGGAGAGGAGCCGCGCCGUGGACGGGGAGAAGGCCCAGCUGGAGAAGGAGCUCCUGCUGCUUCAGAGCAACCUGGACUCAGAGAGGAGGAACUACAGCCUGGGAUCUGAGGAGAUCAUGGAGCUGCAAGCGAGGAUGGCAGGGCUGCAAGAGGACAACAAACACUUGAAGUACAGCCUCACUAAAGUGGAGUCAGAACGCAAACAGGCCCAGGAGAGGAGCAACAACCUGGAGAAGGAAAAGAACAACCUGGAGAUAGACCUGAACUACAAACUGAAGACCCUGCAGCAGCGUCUGGAGCAGGAGCAGCUGGAGCACCGGGUGACGCGGGCACAGCUCACCGACAAAUAUGAGUCUAUCGAAGAGGCCAAAUCAGCCGCUACCAACGCUGUUCAGUCGAAGAUGUCUGAGGAGAAUGGAGCGAGGAUGCGAGCGGAGUGCCGGAUAGUGGAGGUGGAGAAGCAGUGCUCAAUGUUGGAGUUUGACCUCAAGCAGUCCGUGCAGAAGAUGGAGCAGCUGAUGAAGCAAAAAGAAAGGCUGGAAGAUGAGGUGAAGAAUCUGCGGAUACAGGGAGAACAGGAGUCGAGCAAGCGAGUCCAGUCUCAGAACGACCUGAAGAGCCGCUCGCAGGAAGUGGACCGGCUGCGGUGUUCAGAGAAACAGGUCAAACAGGAACUCAACACGGCGAUGGAGAGCAAACGCUCGCUGGAGUUCCAACUGGCACAGCUGACCAAACAAUACAGAGGCAAUGAGGGACAGAUGAGGGAACUUCAGGACCAGCUUGAGGCCGAACAGUAUUUUUCUACGCUUUACAAAACUCAGGUCAAGGAGCUAAAAGAGGAGAUUGAGGAAAGGAACCGGCAGGUACAAGACACUCAUAAAAAGGUGCAGGAGCUGUGCAGUGAAAGGGACUCCCUGUCUGCCCAGCUGGAUCUGACGGUGACCAAGGCCGAGUCAGAGCAGCUUGCCCGGGCUCUGCAGGAGGAGCAGUACUUUGAGCUCAGCCAGGAGAACAAGAAGGCCACAAGUAGACAUAAGCAGGAGGUAGGGGAGAAGGAGUCUACUAUUACACGGCUUGAGGACUCCAAUAAAACUCUGACCAAAGAUGUGGAGAUCCUCAGCAAAGAGAAGUCUGACUUAAGUGAGAAGCUUGGCACUCAGAAUGAAGAGUAUGAAGCUCAGAAGGAAGAGAUUGCAAAUACAAUCAAGGCCAACUAUGAGAAGGUCCUGAACACAGAGCGCACACUGAAGACUCAGGCGGUGAACAAGCUGGCCGAGAUCAUGAACCGCAAGGACAUGAAGCUCGACCACAAGAAGAAGGGCAGCACGGCCGACCUGCGGAAGAAGGAGAAGGAGAACCGCAAGCUUCAGCUGGAUCUGAACCAGGAGAAGGAGAAGUUCAACCACAUGGCCAUCAAGUACCAGAAGGAGUUGGGCGAGAUGCAGGCGCAACUGACAGAGGAGUGCACGUAUCGCAACGAGCUUCAAAUGCAGCUGGACAGCAAGGAGAGCGACAUCGAGCAGCUCCGGGAGAAACUGAACGACCUGCAGCUGCGCAUGGACAACUCGAGCGUCACCAGCCUGCAGACGGAUGAGACGGACAGCAACCUCGCAGAAUCCAGAUUGGAGGGUUGGCUGUCCAUUCCGAACCGUGCUAAUAUCAAGCGUUACGGCUGGAAGAAGCAGUAUGUGGUGGUGAGCAGCAAGAAGAUUCUGUUCUAUAAUGAUGAGCAGGAUAAAGAACAGUCCAAUCCCUCAAUGGUACUAGAUAUCGACAAACUGUUCCACGUGAGACCAGUCACACAAGGAGACGUGUACCGAGCCGAGACAGAAGAAAUUCCAAGAAUAUUCCAGAUUCUGUAUGCCAAUGAGGGAGAGUGCAGGAAGGAGGCGGACAUGGAGACAGUCCCACAGGGCGACAAGACCAACUGUCUCCCACACAAAGGCCACGAGUUCAUCCCCACGCUGUAUCACUUCCCUUCCAACUGUGAGGCGUGCUCCAAGCCUCUGUGGCACGUCUUCAAGCCGCCUCCGGCCCUGGAGUGUCGCCGCUGCCACGUCAAGUGCCACAAAGACCACCUCGACAAAAAGGAGGACGUUAUUGCUCCUUGCAAAGUACACUACGAUGUGACCUCUGCCCGGGACAUGCUCCUGCUGGCCCUGACCCAGGAUGAGCAGAAGAAAUGGAUUGGCCACCUUGGAAAGAAGAUUCCCAAGACCCCACCAUCCACAUUUUCAAGAGCCUCACCUCGUACCAUGUCCACUCGCUCUGGACCAAACCAGUCCUUCCGCAAGAACCCUAAAAGCAAUACAGGAAAGCUGAGCUAACCAUCUGAACCCUUUGGAUUUUUUUCUGGACUCUAAACUUUCCCUCCUUCCUCAUCCUCAAAAGAAAACAACUGGGAUUCCUGAAUUACAUAGAAAAUUCAUUAAAAAAUAAAAUGUAUAUCGAUAAAUAUCCAGCGCUGGAAGAUUGCAACACAUGUCAGACGCAAGGCAUCAUGGACAAUAAGAGGCCUGAUACCCACCUCCGUCACCUUUCCACAUACAGAAGAGACGUCAGUCAACUCAACAAACUUGCAGCUCUCCAUUUCUACCAGAAGAUGGCACACUCGUCUUGAAAUAAAGAUGGACAGUGGAGCGAUAGAGGGACUCAUGUCAUGGAGACAUACUGUGUUUAAUGUUAUAUGACAGUUGUAAUGGAAAUGGGAAGGUUAAUGGGGGUUUUGCUGGGACUCCUGCAAGUAUGUGUUCAGUUUAAGGUACCGUCAUACAGGGAUUGCAGAUCUUCAGUGAGUGCUUGUGUCUUAAGGGUGGAAAAUGAAUAUCUAUUUUGUAAUUGGUUUCCCCCUUCACACGACAUAUUCUCAAGCUAAUGCAAGCAUACUUCUGUUUUCAGGAACAAACAAAAAAAGACAGAUGCCUUCUUGUCAUAUCUCUGGCCUUUUUGCCUUUAUUCGUAUCACUCUGCAAGUCACUUAUCAGGUUUUGGACAUUGGGACAUAAAGUAUUAGAUGUUUUGAGUAUUGAGUGAGGAGCAUGCAAGAUCAUCAUUUAAAUCUAUGCAUUAUUUUUAUUAUUAUAAUUAUUUUUUAUUGCUCCAAGCCAUAAGGAAUAUUCCAUUGUAAUGGCAUAUAGGAGUCUUAAAACUUCAUUGAUUUUUUCUGUUUAUUUGGUACAUUGUCAUUUUUUCUCGUAUUGUUUUUUUUUGUAAUGUAUUGCCUUACAUUGAUUCAUAGAUACAUGGUUCAAAAGGAAAACAUUAAGUUAACAAAUGUAAAACUGCACUGUUUGAAUUGUAAAUUAUUUGUAGACUAAACAGGUGUAGCAUUUGGCCCACCUAGUGCCUUAACGUUUGGAUAUUGAUUUUACUGCCAUAUCUGUUUUUCUUUUUUUCCUCCGUAACAAGACAAAUCUCAACUCUUCCAUCAUUUAGUUUUUUAAGAAAUUGCCACACGUGUGGUUUUAUUGGAACAUAUUUUCUCUGGUUUGAAUAUAUAAAAUAUAUUAGAUUUCCUCUUUACGGACACUUUGCAAUAGAGUUGGCGUGUCAAAACAGAGUCCCUAGAAUCAGUUCAUAUCAUAAGACAAAUUUCGGGAUGGUGUACCUAAAGCGAGCGUGUCAUUGAUUGUCCUUGUUAACAAUUACAUGUUGUUUCUCUAACACGGUAAUGUCCCGUUAAUGCAAACCCCCUACAGUGUAUAUAAUGAGAGAGACAUAAGGAUUAUGGAAUACCUCCGCAAUCUUUUUAUUUGUAACUUUGUGUUCAGUUAAAAAAAAAAGCACUGGAACUAUGA